UCACAGUUUUAUUUGGUUGCAGAAUGCCUUGUGAGGUGAAGCCACGGUUCCUGGUUCUGUACGGGUCUCAGAAAGGCCAGGCGCAGUCCAUAGCCGAGGGGAUAGCUGACGAGGCUGAGGAGAGGGGACUGGUUGUUGACAUCUACUGUUUGAGUGAAGGAGGGAAGUUUAACUUGGAGAAGGAGAGUGCACCUGUGGUGUUUGUUGUGUCUACCACUGGGGAUGGGGACCCACCAGACACGGCCCUGAAGUUUGUGAAGAACAUUAAAAAAAAGACCCUGCCCAGCGACCACUAUUCACACCUCUGCUAUGCUCUUAUAGCUCUGGGUGAUACAAACUAUGAAAAUUUCUGCAACUGUGGGAAGACUAUUGAUGGCCGUCUACAGGAACUUGGUGCAAAACAUUUCUACGCAACAGGACAUGCAGAUGAUGGUGUAGGGCUUGAGUUGGUGUUGGACCCCUGGCUUGAAGGACUGUGGGAGGCCAUCAGAGGAGCGUUAUCCAAGAUGGCCACCCCUCAGCCUGAGAGGGAUGGCCAUGUAAGGGACCUGAGAGCAUCGUUGAACGAAACACCCGAAUUGUCAGCGACAGAUGUCAAACUCCACCUCAUGAGUCUUAACGAAUCAGAACCUCAGAGCUCUGACUCACUCAGAACAGCAGUGGAGUCAGAGAGUACUAAGACUGAGCCCAAAUCAGCUUCUCUAAAUGUUACAGAAGCAGCCUCUGAGACAGGGAGUGCAGUUACUGAUGUUAGACCAGUGUCAUUGACCAGCAACAAUAGGACUGCUCCUAAACUAGAUGGUGUUGUCACUGAUCCCAAGUCAGUGUUAGAGACACAGAGUGGAGCACCCUCUGCUGUUGUAGAGGCCUCUCUGACAUGCUCCUUGCCCCCACUGUCUGAGUCUGUUCUCAAUGUCCCUGCUCUGCCUCCACCCUACCUGGAUGUCAUGCUCCAGGAAGCCACCAUAGAAGAAGAGACCAGUGCUCCGGUCAGUAAGGAAACCCUACACGAGGUUCCGAUCUCCAGGGCAGUCCAGUUGACCAGAGAUGACUCGGCUAAAACAGCCCUUCUGAUAGAGCUGGACAUCUCAGCCCAUCCGAUGGCCUACCAGCCUGGGGACUCGCUUGACGUGCUCUGCCCAAACAGAGCCUCCGAGGUGGGGGAGCUUCUCCAGAGACUGUGCCUGCAGGACCAGAGGAGCCACCGUGUCCAGCUCUCACUGCGCAAAGACACCAAGAAGAAAGCUGCUCAUCUCCCCUCCUACAUCCCAGAGAACAGCACUCUAACCUACAUGCUCACCUGGAGUCUGGAGCUCAGGACUGUCCCUAAGAAGGCAUUUCUUCGUUCCCUGGUAGAGUGUACAGAAGACAGUGGCGAGAGGAGGAGACUACAGGAGCUGUGUAGUAAACAGGGAUCAGCCGACUACAACCUCUAUGUCAGAGACUCCAGCCUCGGACUAUUGGACCUGCUCAGGGCUUUUCCUGCCUGCCAACCCCCUCUCAGUCUUCUCAUAGAACAUUUGCCUAAACUGCAACCAAGACCGUACUCAGCGGCAAGUUCCAGUAUGAGACACCCAGGUCGGCUGCACUUUGUGUUCAACGUCAUAGAGUUUCCAGCAUGCACUUGGAGACCCAUGGGGAGGCAGGGCCUGUGUACUGGUUGGCUCUCUGACCUCGUCGACCCCAUUCUGUUGCACCCUAGGAAGGCUCAGCCCUCCAGCACCCCAGCCCUCCCUAAGGUCCAUGUUAGUCUGCGUGAGAACUGCUCCUUCCGCCUGCCCUCUGACCUCUCAAAACCCCUCAUCAUGAUUGGACCAGGCACUGGCGUCGCACCCUUCAUUGGUUUCCUACAACAAAGGGAGAAGGAGAGGGAGGAAAACCCGGAGGCGGAGUUUGGUGAGACCUGGCUGUUCUUCGGUUGUCGCCAGAGAGAUCGAGACUUCCUGUUUAGAGAGGAGCUGCAGGGGUUUGUGGGUAAAGGAACCCUGACCCAUCUGAAAGUGUGUUUCUCGCGAGACACUCAGAUGGGGACAGAGACCAAGACAGGAACUAGAUACGUCCAACACAACCUGCUCCUCCAUGCCAAAGACAUCAUCAACCUCCUCCUCAAAGAGAAUGGAUACCUCUACGUCUGCGGUGAUGCUAAGAACAUGGCUAAAGACGUGAACGAAACCCUGAUACAGAUGGUAUCAGCAGAGCUUCAGCUGGAUAAACUAGAUGCCAUGAAGAGAUUGGCUGGACUCAGGGAGGAGAAACACUAUUUACAAGACAUAUGGUGCUGAGUGAAUGAAUCUUCAACAUAUCUUAUGUCACAGACCGAAAAGAUCCUUAUAUAAUUUUAGUGGGCCAUUCAUUUCUUUUAAGCAACACAAACUGACCACAUGGAUUGGGUUACAUGUUGUUCCUCUUGCCUCAUAGCACCUGACCAUAAACUUCAUAAACUGACCAUAGAAGAUUGAGUUUCAAGUACUGUAGUUGUUUUAUAGUGGAAUUAUGCAAGACUAACACACUGCCUGUUCAGCUUACUCCUCAUCCUACUUCACAUUCUUGUCUACCAAUACUUUUUUGCUGUGUGCAAAAAUGUGUCCAAAAUACAAAAGGUGUGUUUGCUUGAAAAGGUUUAAAGGUCUCUGAUGUAUUUCUUAUGCUCACUGUAUGAUGAUAAUGAGUGAUAUGGUGGGUGAAACUUAUCUUGGCACGCGUACAAGACAAGAUUAAACCCAUUCAGAGAUAACGAUCAAAGGUAAUGCAUUUUGAUUGAUAUGGGAUGAUUGUGUUUUAAUUUGAGAAUAAUUCAAUUGUUGAAGGUGACUUUCCUCACUAGAUGAAGCUGUAGUCGGCGGUUAGUUAAUUGAAGGAUUUUCGCUAUGGGCCUUCCACCGUACCCUAGAGAGACUUCUCAGAAUUACAUCUUCAGACACUGCUAGUCUUUAUAUAUCAGCAGGCCUCUCGUCAGGAUGGGAGAGGGAAAAGAUGUUGACAGUCUCCACAGCUGGGCUAGACUGGGCUGGGGCUUUGUAUGAGAAUGGAUGACAUCAUCACACUCAAUAAAGCUUCGCCAAGUAAACAAAUCAACUUCUGCUUGUCUGUCAGAGGAAAGUAUAGGCCUGUCCAUGAGGUUGAACCGGGGUGGAGAAUUGUGUUACGGACUGGACAAAUUGGAGGAAUUUUAAACACAGUCCAAUGAAUACCAGAGCGGAUUGGACGUUAUCAAUAAGUCUCGGCCACUUUCUCCUGCUGCUCCACUUUGUCAGAGGAUCAUCAAAUCAGUAGUGGUGGUUUGAAACCGUUGUCCCUGCAGUCUGGAUGCCUGUCUCACUGUCUGCUUUAGCCAACUCCUUUUGUUGCCAUGACAACAUGAGACCCGAGGGUCAUAUGGAAUGAGACAGGUUAUGAGUCACCGAGGUCAUCGUACUGUAUAGACGUCACUAAACAGUGAUGAGAGGUAAUUUGUAUUUUCAUGCACAAAAUGUCUUUGGACAAAAGAUUUGGUUGAAGCAGAGACAAGCUGGCAUCCAGGCUGAGUGUCAGGGAGGAAUUACAGGCUGCAAGUAACCAAGGCUGUUUUCAAAACGUCACUGAAUAAGGUGGAAAGGAGUUGGGUAUUGAAUGUGAUGAAUGGUCUUUUCAUUGAUCCACAAUCCACAAACGUUAUCAUGCAGCUAUCAUUCUUAACCCAAGGCUGAAAUAAAUAAAAAAUUGGGGGGGGGGGGGGAAAUCAGUAGGCCUUGGUAGCUAGAGGACAAUUUAUCAUCCCCUGCUAAAGGACAAAAGAGAAGUUAAGCAAUCGCUUAGAUGUCUGCUAAAAGGUGAGAAAAGUUUUGUUGUUUUAGUGAGAGAAGGAAGUAGGGUUCAGGCUCUUCUCCACACGCAUGCUUGACAAACACACACAACACAUACACAUGCUUAAGCUUGAUUAAUGGCGCCAAGCUCACCCAGUGUGUAAUAAACAAGAGGGGAAACUUUAA